AUGGAACUAGAAAAUAUGUCCAAAUCAACUUAUAUUUUAAAUUAAUUGCAAAUAAAUUACUAAUCAGUUUUAAAAGGUUAAAAAAUAGAAUUAGAUAUUUAAGAAAGCAAUAGGUUUUCUAAACCUAUAACCAAUAACUAGAAUGAAAAAUCAUAAAAUUCUGAUAAUUAUUGUCAUAAAUUUUUGAGUAUAUCAAAGAUAUUAAAUAAAGAACAAUUAAAUGAUUAUAUUUUUAUAGAAGCAAUAAAGAAUAUUUAAAAUUAAACAGGAAAGGUUAAGGUUAUAGGUAAAAUUAGUAAAGCUAUGAAAUUGAAACCUUAUUAUUUUUAAUAGUAUACUCAAAUAAAAAUAUCAGGUAUAUAAAAAUUAUAUAGAAGAUUAAAUUUAGAAUGAAAAUUCAUGUUAUUUAGAGGAUAAAUCAGGCAGAAUCAAAUUAUAAUUAACAAAUAGUAAGCUUUGUCUACCAAAUAAAACUUGGAAAGAGAUAAGAAUUGAUGAUUUAAUAGCAGGAAUACUUGUUUUAAUUGAAGGAUAAAUAGUUGGAAAUAAUAUUGUUAAUGUAGAAAAUAUUUAUUUGCCUGAUUAUAUUGAUCCUCCUAUUUACACUCCAUUAAAUUAAACAUCGUAUGUUUGUUUUAUAUCUGGAUUAAAUUAUGAUGUGCAAAAUGAUUUGACAAAAUUGAGACAUUUAAUACAAUUUUUGUAAGGAAACUUAUAUUGUGGUCAAGGCAAUGAAGUAUAUAAAACUAUUAGAUAUAUAGAUUUCCUAAAAUUUAUCAUAAAUUAUCAUAGCAGGUAAUUUAUAUGGAAGAUAAGGAGAUAAAAAAGGCUGUUUAACAGGUUCAAUAAAAAAGGAAUAAGAUUUUAAGGAUCUUUAUUCUUCAAUAUAAGAAAAUGUUAGAGGAGUAGAUGAAUUAAUAAAUGAACUAUCAAGUAUUUGUCCAAUUGCUAUAAUGCCUGGAUAAAAUGAACCUGUAUCAUAGAUGUUUCCUUAAGCUCCUCUUUAAAGAGCUCAUUUUGGUGAAUCUUUUGAAAUUAAUACUAAGGUUACAUUUUUAACAAAUCCAACAGAAUUUAGUAUGGGAAACAUUAAAUUUCUUGGAACAAGUGGAUAAAAUAUUGAAGACAUUAAAAAAUAUUCAACUAUAAAAUAAUAAUUAGAUAUUGAUUUGAUUGAAAUGACUUUAUUUUAUGGACAUAUUGCCCCUACAUUAUAAGAUACUCUAAUGUAAAAAAAAUUGUAUAACUUUUAUUUAGUUCAUAACUGUAAUUUAAAAAUGAUCCAUUUAUUAUUUAAUAGUUUCCUAACAUUUAUUUUGUUGGAAAUAUGAAAAAGUUUGGAACAAAAAGAAUAUCAGAAAACUUAAGAAUUAUUAGUAUUCCUUCAUUUUUAGAGACUAAUACAAUUAGUUUAUUGAAUUUAAGGACAUUUGAAUGUUUUUCAUUAGAAAUCAAAUGA